AUGUCUAGAAAUAGAAAAGUUUAUGAUGCAAUUAAUAGAGCGUAUUUGGUUGUAACUUAUAGUAAAUAUGGUGAUGAUGAUAUAUUCAGUAAAUAUGAAUUUAAAAAACAUAUAAUUAAACGUGAUAACUCGCUUACAGAAGACGAAAAAACAGAAGCAAUAAAAAUAUUAACUAGAAGCUAUGAUGAAAAUAAGAUUCUUACUAAUGAAGGAAUAAAAAGAUUUUGUGAAGGGUGUAGCCAAAAAUGUUUGGCUACAUCAUAUUGUGAACAUUGUGUUCGAAAUUAUUUAGAAGCAAAAUUUUCAAAUUGGACAUCAGGAAAUAAUAAUAUUGAUAAUAUAAUAAAAGAAUGUCAAAGGAAAACACAAGUACCUAGUAAAAUAACAGAAUGGAUUCCAUAUGAUAAAUUAAAAGAUAUCGAUUAUUUAACGAGAGGUGGAUUUUCAGAAAUUUUUACAGCAAUAUGGGUUGAUGGACGUUUUAUUGAAUGGGAUUCUGAAAAACAACAAUUAAAAAGAUCUGGACAACAUAAAGUAGUACUAAAAAAAUUAGAAAAUUUUAAAAGUGCAAAUCAAAGAUGGUUUGAAGAGGCCAAAUUACAUUUAACUAUGAGCAAUAAAUGGAAUAUGUUUGUUCAAUGUUUUGGUUUAACACAAGAUCCAUCAGAUGGAAAUUAUAUGCUUCACUCCACAAAAUUCAUAAUUCAUAGAGAUUUACAUUCCGGAAAUAUAUUAUAUACAACUCGAUUUUCUAUUUGUGAUCUUGGAUUUAGCGGACCCGCAGAUAAACCAUUAGGAAGUAUAUAUGGAAAUCUUCCUUAUAUAGCACCUGAGGUUAUUGGUGGAAAACAAACUACAAAAGCAUCUGACAUUUAUAGUGUUGCAAUGCUAAUGUGGGAAAUUUUAUCUGGAAGACCACCAUUUGUUGAACGUGAACAUAAUUAUUAUCUUGCAAAGGAUAUUAUUAAUGGUAUAAGACCAAAAAUUGUACCAGGAACUCCUUUAGAAUAUGAAGACUUAAUGAAGCAAUUUCAUCAAUUUGAAAAUCUUCCUGAACCAAGAAAUGCAACAGCAGAAGAAUUAGAAGCAUUUCAUAGUAAACCAUAUGAUUUUGAUAUUCCUAAUAACAUUGAAGAUUUUGGUAAAUCAGUUAAUCAAAAGGAUAAUGUUACUAAAACUUUAGAUAAUAGUAAAAAAGACCCAUCCAAAGUAUUUAAUAAACUGCAAAUAAGUUCAAAAAUUGAUAAUGUUCGAAAUGAUUAUUUUAGAGAAGAAAUAAUACAACGUCAAAAAAAGAAUGUUCAUAUAAAUGAUGAUGAUGAAAUGCAUAAUAAUUCCAAUUUUCAUUCAGAAGAACAAAAUGAAUUGGAACUACCUGACGAUAUUGACAAAGAACAAUAA